UUGGCACCCGCUUACACUUUCACUGAUUUUAAAUCACAAGGGCAAACAAUUGAACACGUCUUGGUCGACAUCGGGAGAACAACGUGCUUUGCAUUGUCUCCAUUUAAUGCUUAUGUUGCGUUGUCUAGAAGUUGUGGACGAGAUUCUAUAAGGUUGUUACGAGAUUUUGACAACAAU